UACUGAAUGGUUAUAGGUAAACAUACAAAUGUAUUUAAACAGUAGAAAACUUCUCUUAAUCUGUGAAAGUAAGUAUUAGUUAGAAAGAUGGCGGUGGCCUUGUCACCCGAUCAAGAAUUGGCGACGAAAGCAUUUCUAGACGCACUUAGCGAAGCCGGUGCGACGUGUGUGACACGAGCGACAGCUGUCAAGUUUCUCCUUGCGCGUAAAUUUGACGUUGCGCGUGCCCAUACCCUCUGGCGGCAACAUGAAGCAACGCGACGGAGGGAAGGCCUCAUCAAGUUUGAGCCAUUCGAAGAUCCACUGAAAAGUGAGCUUGAAACUGGAAAAUUUACUAUACUGCCCACGCGUGAUGCUACGGGGGCGGCUAUAGCAGUUUUCACCGCUAACAAACAUUUUCCCAGUCUAACGUCGCAUCAGACAACGUUACAGGGCGUGGUAUAUCAAUUGGAUGUGGCGUUGCAGUCCUUAGAAACACAGCGCGCUGGUUUAGUCUUCAUUUAUGAUAUGACGGACUCAAAGUACACAAACUUUGAUUAUGAACUUUCACAGAAGAUACUCACGAUGCUUAAGGGCGGAUAUCCGGCUAAGUUAAAGAAAGUGUUGAUCGUAACAGCUCCACUGUGGUUCAAAGCGCCGUUUCGCAUACUACGGCUAUUCGUACGUGAGAAGCUACGUGAGCGCGUGCACACAGUGAGUGCGCCUCAGUUGGGUGCCCACGUGCCAAGGGCCAGCUUGCCCAAACAGCUUGGUGGACAGCUCGAGCCCGAUCACGCAGCUUGGUUAGAGCAUUGCAGAAAUUGUUAUACGAAUAAUCUUCAAAACUCAAAAUUGGACGGCGUCAUCGACGAGUAUGUGAUCAGUAAUCACAUUGCGCCGGUCAAACCGCAAAAUGGUAUGAUUGAGGAGGCGGGUCGGGACAUGACGAGUGAUCGUGUGUCGCGGCACACAGAAGCCGACAUAAUGCAUAUCAGCGGCGACCUUCCAUACACGUGCGAUCCUACGCCAUUAAGACACACACACGGCUACAAUGGCGACAUUAAAGGAAAUCAUAUUAACUCAGGAGAUGAAGAUGAUUUAGAUUUAAUAACACGUGGGACAUGGUCAUCCGGCGAAGCUUCCCCCGGUCUAUCGGACGAGGAGUGCGGGGGCGGUGGGGCGGGGGAAACACCCGCAGCGUUGCUCGCACGCGUACGACAACUCGGAAGACGCGGUUUAGUUGCCGAGUAUGAAGAAAUACGGGCCAGGCCGCCGCAUGGAACCUUUCAUCACGCAAAAUUGCCAAGUAAUCUAGUCAAGAACCGCUACACAGAUGUAUUGUGUUAUGAUCAAUCGCGGGUGGUUUUAUCUCAGACAGACCCAGACGACGCAACCACAGAUUACAUCAACGCUAACUACGUGGAUGGAUACAAACAGAAAAAUGCCUUCAUUUGUACGCAAGGUCCCCUUCCAAAAACAUUCGGUGACUUCUGGCGUAUGGUCUGGGAACAAGGCAGUCUUGUGAUCGUAAUGACCACUCGUGCUGUGGAACGUGGGCGAGUGAAAUGCGGUCAGUACUGGCCGGCCACACUCGGCACUCGCGCAGUACACGGCGGUUUUGCGGUUACAACCGAGGAUAUAGAACAGGAGGACGAUUAUACUAUAUCGCAUUUGCUACUUACUGAUUUACGGACGGAAGAAUCGAGGAGUAUAUGGCACGGACAAUACACGCGAUGGCCUGAUUACGGUGUACCAGGCGGCGGUCGAGCUCAACCAGUAUUAAGGUUCUUAAAUCUCGUACGAAGAGCACAGCACCGCGCUAGAGCCGAGUUAGGAGAUGCCUGGGCGGGACAUAGUAGGGGCCCUCCCAUAGUCGUGCAUUGUUCAGCGGGUAUUGGACGAACAGGAACAUUCCUAACUCUGGAUGUAUGUACGUCCCGACUGUCUGUGGAGGGCGUAGCGGACGUACGUGGUACUGUGGAGCGUAUACGUGCGCAACGAGCACAUUCUAUACAAAUGCCUGACCAAUACGUCUUCUGCCAUCUAGCGCUCAUCGAGUACGCUGUAAUGCAAGGACACCUAGAAUCAGCGGACUUGUCUGGAUUUGACGACGACAAUGACGAUCAGUCGGAAUGAAGACUGUCGCGUGCCUGCGUCCUACUGUGACUAAGAGUUGGGGUGACCAUGUUUUAAGGAUUUCCCUAAAAACAAGCGAUCGAGGUAGUAAAUUAAAGCAUAUAUUGGAUAAUCCAAGUAUUGGUGUAUAACGUGACUGAAAAAUAUUUGUGGUCAAAUGAUAAUCAUGUAUGUGACCGCAAAUAAAAAAAAGAUAUAUUAUUGGUUAUAUACAGUGGAAGUAAUCUCUAUGUAUUUAAAGUCCGUUUCGUAAAUUAAAAUUCAAUGUAUAAAUCAUAUAUGAAUAAAGAUUUUCUAUUUGGCAUUCUUAUGUCAUUGUGAGUCAAUAUUAUAUGAAAUUAUGAUGUCUUAAAAAGAGGGUAAUUAGAAAAUUGUAAGCGUGAAUACUUAUGACUGACAGAAUGAAUUUAUAGUAUUGAAUCUGGCAAUUGCCACUGAUGGUGGCAAAAUCAAUGUAGAAAAUUUAAAUGUCGAAUGACUUGACAAUUGGCUAUUGUUCGAUACUUUUAUAUCACCCCGAUAGUAUAUUGUCUAUGUCUAUGCGAUUAAAGUUUUAUACUGUUCGUUUAAUUUUGCAGUAUAGUACAUAAAUAUAAAGUUUGGAGUGUUAUUGUGCCAUUCCUACACUAAAAUGACAUUUGAAGUGGAGUUGUCAAAGUUUUUUUAAUUCUAUUUGACAUAAUAUGCGACAGACGAAAAUGUGACUUUAUUAUUUGAGGUGGUCAUAAAGUUUAUUAAUGGUUUCGCAUUCUAAGCUCUGUAUUUUAGAGUCAAACAUAAACUACAGACUAGUUUAGCAUUCGACAUUUUUGACAGUGCAUUGACAAAGAUGCGUCGCGACGGCCAUAUGACUAAGUGUGGCCUUUGACUCUGGUUACAUGAUCAGGUCAGGCUUGUUGGUAUCAAAUCAAACAUCAAUUGCCAUCAAAAUAUUUUGUAAAGAGCGAUGUGUUAUGGGAUAUGUAGUCGUAUAUAAUUCAGGACGCAGGCCGACAUGUUUUUUGCUAUGGAAAAACGCCAUUAUAUAAAUUAGAAUCGUAAAGUAUACUUAUAUCCCUUCGAAGCCACUACUUGUCCAAUUCAUAUGUAUAUUUUGUAUGACCUACCGGAUCGGUGGUCAUAUUCUCCAAUAUUACGUAAUUGGAUUGUAUGACUUUUUAAUUUAAUUUAUUAUUACAACGUAUUAAUAAAAUACUACACAGCCGCCUUUAAAUUACAAAUAAUUAUUUAAAUAUUUGUUAAAACUUGUUGCGUUUAAAAGAAUUUUUAUAUAGACUACCUCUGUAAUUUUUGUUAGUUUAAAAAAAAUAUUGGCAGAAUGACCACGAUUCUUAAUGAUGUAUAUAAACAGGUUCCUUUAGUGUGUAUAAGGACAGAUAAAAAAUCGAUAUUUAUAGCAACCAAAAGCAAGAAAGUUUGGCUGUGCGAAGUCGUAUUAACACAUUGGUUUAAAAUCCUAAGAGGUGCUGGUAUUUUUUAAUCUUCAAAAUUUUUCACUCUUAUACUCAGGUCCGUAUUCUAGAGCGUUAAUCAAACUUUAAUCGAGUGUCUGUCAAAGCAUUUCUGUUUGACAAACUUGACAGCGCUAUCGACGAUUAGACUUGAGAUACGAAUUAAAAUAUGGACCUAAAUGUAGUGUAUGUCGCACCUAAUUAUAAUCGUGUAUAGACUGAGUAUUAUUAAUUUGCUUAAAACUAUAGGAAAUAGCUUUUUCUCAGUAGAUUUUUGUUUAUAUAUGAGAGGUAUCAAAUACAAAACGGAAAGAGUUAUUUUUCAAAUGGAAUAUAGCGACAUAUCUCUGGGCAAACAGAAGUAUAUUUUCGCCGUCCUAACGUGCCACUUACAUAUCUAAUAAAUGCAAAUGUAUUUUCUUAUGAAUUACUUUUCUUAUGCAUAAUAAUGAGAGAUCGGUUGAUCUUCACCAUUAUGUACAAAUCUCGUUAGAAUAAUUCCAAAUAUCACCAGAAUAGAGUCGUUGAUUUUUCUAUAGAUUUUGUCAUCUGUUUUUAAUGAAAUACGACUCGUAGCAGUUACGCCUGGUGUAUUAUGGAAAUUCUAGGGAAUUGGGAAUAAUUGACGUUUGGAUACACUUGAAUAGUCUCUCAUUAUUAAUUACACCUUAUCUUGCACUUAUCAUUUGCUAGUGUUGCUUAAUCUGCCCAAAUGGUAAACAGUGAGAAAAUGAAUUAUUACAAUAACAUAAGAAUUCGUUCAGUCUGUUAUAGAUUUAUUAGAUCUUGUGUGAAUACUCUGAGUAGUUAACAAUUACAAAUUAUAGAACAAUGUCUGAGAGUUUGUUUAAUACCUACUUAAUAUUAAGGAAAUUUGUUAAUCUAUCUGUGUGUGUGGGUUCUUCGGGUUAUAUUUUGGCGAAUUUCGUUUGGGGGUGACAAAGCUAUGCUCACCGUAGCAAUGAAAUAGAUGUAGUUUUGGUAUGUAUUACUAACUCUACAUCUAAGGCUAAGUACGGACACAAGUGUCACAGACUAUCACAUCAAACAUAUUUUGACAGUUGUGAGAAUUAGUCCGCGCUAGUCUUGUUUCUGAAUAAGCUAGUUGUGCCAGGCUCUUUCCUACUAAAUACAUGCGACAACUUUCUAUGUUAAAUGGUCUAGUGUCGUGCCGAAACUAAUCUUGAUAAGUAGCAAUGGCGUGCCAAAAAUAAACGAACUGUCAAACCAUAAACCGUAGAGCCCACGUCGCACUGUUGUUUCUGAUAUGUAAAUAAUCAUUUUAAGGUCUAAAUUAAAUGCCCUUGUGAAAUAUGUGUGAAAAUAAAUACUUGUAAUAUAUUUA